ACAUGGUACCAAGAGUUGGAAACACUGAACAAAAUCUGUUUUGAAACAUGUUUUGGGUGCAGUUCUUUUCUAGGCAUGCCUCUGUGCAGAAGAUUUUAGCAAUAAGCAGCGUAACCAGACGCACUUCAAAAUCAGUUAAACAUGGCCGGUCUGUGUGUUUAAGAAGCAUUUUCUUUAACUCUGUCAAAUACUAUCCCACUAAAUUAGUUCUGGGAAUUGAAACUAGUUGUGAUGAUACAGCAGCUGCUGUGGUGGAUGAUACUGGCAAAAUCUUAGGAGAAGCUCUACAUUCUCAAAAUGAAGUCCAUUUAAAAACAGGUGGGAUUAUUCCUCCAGUGGCACAGCAACUUCACAGGGAAAAUAUUGAGCGAAUAGUAAAAGAAACACUCUGCGUCAGUGGAAUCUCUCUCGAUGAGCUCUCUGCUGUCGCAACUACUGUAAAGCCAGGACUCGCUUUAAGUCUCGGAGUGGGAUUAGAAUAUAGUUUAAAAUUGGUGGACAAGUAUAAAAAACCUUUCAUCCCCAUCCAUCACAUGGAGGCACAUGCACUUACAAUUAGGCUGAUAAACCAAGUGGAAUUUCCUUUCUUAGUUCUUUUAAUCUCUGGAGGCCACUGUAUCCUGGUAGUAGCACAAGGAGUUUCAGAUUUUCUUCUGCUUGGACAGUCAGUGGAUAUAGCACCAGGAGACAUGCUUGACAAGGUAGCAAGAAGACUCUCUCUAACAAAGCACCCAGAGUGCUGCAAAAUGAGUGGUGGGAAAGCUAUAGAGCACUUGGCCCAACAGGGAAACAGGCUGCAUUAUGAACUCAGAGCUCCCAUGCAACAUCAUCGUAACUGCAAUUUUUCCUUUUCCGGACUUCACUUCAAUGCCACUAGAAUAAUUAUGCAAAAAGAAAAGGAAGAAGGUAUUUUUCAAAGUAAGAUACAUACAAAUUGUACACCUGACCUGUGGUUAUAUUUGCAAAAACCCCUUUUGCUCACAAUUUCUGCAGGUUUACAGGAGGGACACCUCCUGUCCUGUGUUACAGAUAUUGCUGCUGCAGUACAGCAUGCAGUAGCACUUCAUAUUGUCCAGCGAACACACCGGGCCAUUCUAUUCUGCAUAAAAAGUGGCAUCUUAUCACAAACAAAUGCAACUUUGGUUGUAUCAGGAGGAGUUGCAAGUAAUCAGUAUAUCCUAAGAGCUCUGCAAAUUGUAACAGAUGCAACUAACUUCAAUUUGCUGUGUCCUCCUCCCAGACUCUGUACUGACAAUGGUGUUAUGAUUGCCUGGAAUGGCAUUGAAAGGAUGCGUGCAGGCUUAGGUGUGUUACAUAGCACAGAUGGCAUACGCUAUGAACCAAAAGCUUCUCUUGGAAUUGAUAUCUCAGAACAAGUUGGAGAAGUUGCCAUCAAGGUACCAAGUCUAGAAGUCUCCCUAAAUGAACUUGCAACUAUCAACUUAUAACACAUCCAGUUUGGGAAUUAUUGUUCAUGGCUAUUAUUAAAAUGUUUAUGUUUUCUAGUCUUCUCUUACAAAGUCAUAUCUGACCAAUGUAAGCACCCUUAUGG